GUAGGUGAAGGGAAAGGUCUGGAACAUGUUUUGAAUUCUCAAGAAACACCACUGAAGCAAGUAGAAUAUUCCAAGAAGGCAGCAUUAAACAGCAAUGAAAGGAGCUGGCAUUCUGAGAGACACAGACACAAAGCUUUGCCUCCAGAUGCAGUUUCUUCUUUUGAAAGCUACAGUUCAAUUGAGAAAACAGUGCAAAAAGCAGAUAAUUUACUUCAAGAUCUUGGCAAGUUGAGAAGAGAAAUGCACAACAUUCUGCAGGAAGCAACUACAUGGAAAUCUGACAUGAAUGAUCUUAUUAAGGCAAAAAAUCCUCCUGUUGCACCUGAUCCUCCUGAACAUCAUCUAGUCAGCAAACCAUCCAUCCUUCAAAAUAUCCAAGUGCCAAGGUCUAUACUGACAGAUGCUGAAAGGAUUUUGAGAGGAGUGCAAAACAAUAAAAAAGUCCUUGAGGAGAAUCUGGAAGCUGUUAGUCAUGCAAAAGAUGGAGAUGCCAUGUAUGCUUUCAGUAACUCCUUGACUACAAACAGAGAUGUCCUGGAAGAGAUUUGUAUCCGAAGGACUGUGGAUGAGAGGAUCAAGGAAAUCAGUGAGGAAAUCCAGGCUGAAAUGGCAAGAAAUUAUUCAGAACGAGGGAAACAUGAUCAAAAAUGUACCAAGAGAGCCCAAAACCUCAGGGCUGUGAAGACCAAGAAAGAAACUAAAGAGAAAACUCAAAACAACCAAGGGUGCUUGACAAAAAAGCUUUUACCUGCAGCUAAGCCAUUGCAGAAGGAAGUAGAAGAUAACACAAGGAAACAGAAGUUUAGAACUUACUUUUCUGAAAAUGUGAAGAGCAAAGAAAGAAGGGCAGAUGGAGCUGUAGGUGGAAUUACACUGACCCAAUAUGAAGAUUAUCUGUCUCUAGUUUAUGGAAAACCAAUUUACCAGGGCCACUGGAGCACGCUUAAAAAAGGACCUUACCUUAACUCUCCCUCUCCCAAAUCUAAACCGCCCAGACCCAAGCUGAUUGAGACUGUUAGAGAAAAUCAGCUCCACCCCAGAAAGAACCAACACCAGCCAAAUGACAUCUCUGGGACCUUCUGAGAGAGGCGCUCUAGCAAGUCCUGCUCAGAAACAGCCUCUGGCUUCUGACUUUACCAGUUCUGUGAUGAGCAAGAAGAGGAGAAUUGGUCACCAGCACAGCCUUGUCCAGAGUGAAGAAGGAGAGCCCUAAUUCAAACAGGAAGAAAAACAAGUUGGGGAAGCUGCAGCAGUUUUGUCCCCUGGAUUUCAAUGAAGGAAAUGGAAAAGAUACUUCCAUUGCCGCCACAUGAUAUGCAACAAGCAACCAACCAGACUAUUUGAGGUGAAUAAAAUAGCAAUUAACUUUUAACACUCUCAGUGGGAUGCAGCGUCAACCUCUUUCCUGUGCUGAAAGGAUGAUUUUCAGAAGGUUUUGUUGGGCCUCCAAGGUUCAGAGCAGAAAUGAACACUGAGGUGGGUUAAGCCUGGACAGGCCCCUCCUCCCUGCAGUGGAGUUGCACAGGCUCAGCUGCAACAGUGGUGCUGCAUCCUCUCAUCGUAUUUGCAGUGCUGGAGGGGAGGGAGAAUUGUGCAGUCCUCUUGGAGUGUCAGGUGUGGUUCUGUUGGAGUAGUGAUCCUGUAGAAAAAGGGUGUAGUCUUCCUUUGAAGAGGCAGGAAAAAUCCAGCACAGAAAAAAAUAGCUGUGCUGGUGGGCCAGAAUCUCAAGACUAUAUACAGGUAGUCUUAAUAUUUUCUUCAUAUUUUUCUUCAUAUUAUCUUCAUAUUUUUUCUUGAAGAAUCUGCAUCAUCUAAUCCUAGCAGAUUAUCAGCAAUUACAACAGGUAUGUGUGACACCAGACCUGCAGGGUCAUGGUAACUGCUGAGUCUAACUCAAGGCUUUUUAAAGCAAAGGACAUCAUAUUCUAGAUUUUGCAGAAGUGUUUGCAUGCCCUAAUUUUCUUUUGCUUUCUCCUUCACAGAGUAGCCCCAGCUACUCUGAAAUGAAGAGCAGGUGCCAGUAAAAAAGAAGCUCCAUAAAAAGCUGCCCAUAUUCAGAGCUGCAUUUCUAAAUUUGACCAGCAGUAAGUGGAGUACUGGCGCCAGAAACUUGCUUCAGCAAGGAAACAUCUAUGAACUCUAGAUUUUUAUUUCAACUAAAAGGUUAGGUUGUUUAGGAUUUUAUAAAUUAGUAUUGAACAGUAAGUUAUUUUAGCACUGAGCAGUACGUAAUUGCUUAAAAAUGUAGGAUUAGUCCAAAGAAGUUUAGUAAGCUUAAGAAGUUGAAAAUUAUAGUAUUGAAUGCUAACAAUAAAGAAAUCUCCCUAUUGGUAA